AACAAACACGCGCGUGUAGUUGCGCAAGGUGUCCGUCCACUCACGGCCACUGUUUCUGUGGCGAGUCCUCGCAGUAAAAUUAAGGAAUUAAACAUAAUUAAAUCUGUCAAACAAGGGGAUGAAACAAAAAUGGAAGAGAUGGACAGCCUUCUAAAUCUUAAAACAUGGCAGUUGUCUUUACUACAGGCCCAUCAUUACGGCCGAAAGGCAGAUCAGUUGGUGGCGAAAGAAAAAUAUGAAGAGGCGAUCUUAUGCCACAGUGAAGCAGCAGAGCUGUUGAACCAGGCCUCAAUGACACACACUGAACCGGUACGGCUGUCUUUAGAGCUCCAGAGAGACAGACAUCUCCAACAGCAGCGCCAGAUCAAGAUGAGCUGCAAACAGGCCAAACUCAAAGGAAAGAUCCCGGUCAGCCCUUCCAAACACAGCUCAUCCCUGAUAACACAGCGCCCCGGUCAAACAGUCGUCCAAAGUCCUCCGCUCGGCUGGAAGGCUGCCAAAGAUGACAAGACUCGACUGGAGGAGCAGAGCACUGCCAUCGCUGACCUGUGGAAGCUCAUGGCCGUCCUGCUCGUGGAGAACAAGCGACUGAUGGAGGAACAGCAGAAACUGAAGGCAGAGAAUGCUAGUCUGAGGAGAGACCCUUAUGAGGAGCAUCAGAGCCCCACAGCUUCUCUAGCUCAACCUUCACCGCUGGGUAUGAGGCUCCUGCACGUGCCCUCUGACCUCCAGAACCAGAUCCAGCUGCUGUUGGAGAUGGCAAAUGACAGCUAAUCCUGCAUACACUACACUACCUCAAACUUUUGAGCCGUGGAGAACACUGAGAGCAUGAAAGCAGACACUGAGGGCAUGAACUUUACUCAGUUUACAGUUGUUUAGAAUGUCAAUAUUGGGUAAAAGUUGACCCUAUUUAUUUACUCUUUUUUUUUAAAUAGAUAAAUGUUCCUUUCUUAUUGAACAUGUAAUUAUAAUGAUUAAAUAGGAAAACCCUUUUUCUUGUUAUUCAAUCUGAAAUAUCAUCACAGAUGUAAAAUGUGAUGCUAAUGCUUUAUGCCAUAUUAUUGAUAUGUGUAGAGCUCAAAAUUGAGCAGCAUUUAUCUAAAAACUUCAUUCUGCUUAGUUUUUUGUGUGUGAGAGCAGUGAAGUGAAAGUGACUUCUAGCUGGUUCUCAGUCUCAUAAACAUGCAGUCAAGCACAGAAUACCAACAGCCCAGGUCAGGAUUUUUGCUUAAAUAACGAAAUAAAUUUUGGUUUGUUUUUCUCCAAAGCCUCAAAA